UGUACAAUCAUUGCUGCGCGGCUUGAUACAAACAAGAAUCAAAUUUAAAGGCUUAAUUGUAGAUAAGAAGUGGGUUGGUGUUUGUUGUUUGUGGAGAGUGUUGUGUGUGUAGUAUACAAGUCGGAAAUUGUUUAAAAUAUGUUUGAAUGGGCUUAAUGAUCGUAAAAUACAGGCCAAACUGCCCCCCUCGUGAAGGAGUGCUGCUGUAAUAGCAUUCUUGAGACUGCUGUUUCUCUACGGAUGUAAACUGCUGCUGCACAGCUGGAAUAUUGGAAGAUACACUAACAUCUAAACUGGAGGUCAGGCGCUCAGAAUUUCUGGAACAACUCUGUCUGCAAUUUGGAGGAGAUUCUUUACCACGGAUUAUCUGUUACUCAAAAACGAGUGAAGAUUCCGCUGUGCAGACCUGGAGAAAGAUUACUUCACUGCUUGAAGAUGAUCAACUUGGAGAUAAUUAUUUCCCGUUUGUUCCAAGGAAACUGAAUUUUUCUAGUAAAUUGUAUCACUGAAGUAGUUCGACCAGCUUUGUACAUGAGUUUGAGGUCUUGUGAAGACAGCUAGGCAGGAUGAAUGAGAGCAACAAUGUUUAUUUGAGGUGGAGUAAGCAUCAAGCUACUUUGGUGUCUGUUUUUGAUGGUCUGUUGGACAGUGAGAAGUUAACAGACUGCACAGUUAGUGCUGAGGGGCAUCAUUUAAGAGCACAUAAGAUAAUUCUCUCGGCCUGUAGUCCAUAUUUUGACGAACUGUUCUCUGAAAACUGUGAAAAGCACCCAAUUAUUAUUCUGCACGAUGUAAAAUACAAUGUGCUUAAGGCUUUGCUGGACUUUAUGUACCGUGGUGAACUAAAUGUACCGCAAGAGCAGCUUAGUGAUAUUCUUAAACUCUCGGAUUCCCUUCGGGUAAGGGGACUGUCUGGCAGUGGGUGUGUGAACAAUGUCGACAUGCAGAAAAGAAGUGAAAGAAAUGCACGGUCAGUGUCUCCAGGAACACACUCGUCGCAACCUGCAUCUGUGUCGUGCUUUACCUCGGUUCAGAACGAGCGAGGAGAGCACAUGCAGUCAUUUAGAGAAAGCCCUCCACGUGUGUCGUCCCAAGGAGGAGGUUCUGUGGAAGUGGACCCCAUUUCUAAAGCUGUUCAAAAGUCCAGAAAAACUAUCAAUCACACUGUUGCUGAUGAGGGAACAGCUCAAAAUGCAUUUGAAGUCAUUACCCCUGAUGUUGAUAGUGUGGAUAAACUUCCAUCUCAAAAGCAAGUACUGGCCACAACCCCUAACUCAACUGGUGGACCAGUUGACAGCUCAUCUCAGGUACUAAAAACCUUGCUGCCUGUAAGCAACACCACUGUAUGUUCGUCAUCAUACACUAUGAUUCCUCAUCAGUCUUCAAGUAGGGAGUUGCAAAACUCUAGUGGGGAAAUGACCAUUGCGAAAAAUGAACGGUUUUUAAUACCGGAAGCAGUAUUACCUGAUGAAAGGUCAGAAAGUCUGAGUGCACACCAGGUAGAGGUAUCUCUAGAAACAAAACCAGAGGCCCUAGAGACUAAUGUGGAAAUUGUAGAAGACCUUACUCUCGAUGACGACGACGAUUAUGCUGGUGCCGGUGACUAUCGUGAUGUUUGUAACAGUGUUGAAGUUGACAUUGGGGAAGUCACGAGAGCGAGUGAAGAUCUUACAUACGAAGAGAUUUUUUGUGCUCAGGAAGUUAAUAAUACAUGUUCACCAUAUGGCAGUGUUGAUUUGAGUAACGUGUCUCUGUCAGCAUCUCAGAUAGUAUUACGUAAUCGGUUUAUUUGUCAUUCUUGUGGGAAGUCUUACCAACAUCAGUCAGGGCUGUGGAGACAUGCGAAGUUUCAGUGUGGCAAAGAACCGCAGUUUCAGUGUCCUCGCUGCAAUUAUCGCUGUGCUAGGAGUGAUCAUUUAAAAAAACAUAUGGCUUCUCUUCGUUGCCAGAUGCAGAAAAAAUAUGCUCUUUUUGGAGGGGAUGUGUAAUAAGAGCCUAACACAAAGAAAGGGGCAAAUGGUGUCAAGUGACUUCCUGGUCUUUAGUGAGGACUUUUUGUGAGGGAAUUGUGUCAUCUGUGGAAGUAUGUAGUGUAAGUUGCAUGAAGCAGCGAUUACUUUGCACUGUGUGGGCAGAAAUUAAUCCUUGUGUAAAUUGUGGUUGCUAUGAGUAUAUUUUAAAUUAAUGUGGAAACUUGCCAACGUCAAUGUCAUUGAAGUCCUGGUUUGCUUUGCGAAACAAAUGACUUGUGAUGUAAUGUAGGAAUUCUGUCAGUGAAGGUCACCUUUUGUCAUCAGUUAUGUUGUUUGUCAUGAACAGAAAAUUGUUUGUUUAGUGAAGACCUUAAUUAUGUGAGUGAGUGCACAUCAAGAAAUGUUGAUAUGAGUGUAUUACAGAAUUCUAACAGUUGUAAUAUCCCCUUGAAGUACCAGCUGAUAAUUAUGCCAACACCUAUAAUUUCUUGACAUAUUCCUCCAGAUUAAUUCUGACUGUCUAUUCUGUUUCUUCUCAUUUCCUCCUUAAACUUCUCCAACUUUCCCACUUGUAACAGUGUUUAACACUCGAUAGUCAUGUUCAUAAUCCUCCUUUUCUUCCUUGUUUCAUUGUGUCUCUCUCUGCAUAUUAUCCAUCUUGAAUGUCCGAACAGGACUCAUCAUGCUGUGUAUGCAUCUAUCAGUGUUGUGAAAGAUAAUGAUCUCAGUUUGUAUUUGUAUGUGUUGCACUGUGUGAUUAGCUGCUUUAUUACUAUUUAUUUCACAGUAUGUUGACAUAUGCCUAAAUUUCAGUUUUAGAGAACCCUACUGUAUUUUAAAGAUUUUUACAGAAAGAACGUAUUGGGAAAACCUUAAUGUCGUGGUCAUUAUACCAAAAAUAAAAUACAAGUGAUAUUUUAUUUUAACAAGAGUACUGUAUUUCAAGUAAACAGAUAAACAAAUUUUUUAUUGUCUGGCUACACUAUUGGCGAUGAACACUGGGGACAGAUAUAAUGGAUACAGCUUUAAAUCACCUCAGGACGUGUGGAGCAGUGUAUAAUAGAUGUACCACAUAAAACUGAUUGUGGAUUAAUGACGAGGGCCGGUGUGCUUGCCAGCCUGGAUUUGAUUUAAUCAGUUUCCCUUGUUUUCACGUGGGACAACACUAGAAACAGCCAGAUGGGGUCCACAAAUUAUGUUCUUGUGGACCUCCCAUUUAGAUAAAGGAUGUAUGCUGGAUUAACACGUUGAAGAUGAAGUGCAAGUGUAGCUGAGGCGAGAAUGCUGUGUUUAAAACACCGAACCCGAGUAUAGCUCAAGCCACAACUUUCAUGACGAGUUAGGCACCUGCCGCUCGAAAACUGGACUCGCUUCAUAUGAGGGCAGUAUACAGACAUCUUGCUACCUAUUCCUUGGCAGGUGCUGCCUUCUGUCAAUUUAUAGAAAUAUUUAGAAAGAAAUAUUAGCUAAUGUAACAGCUGCUCUUGCAAAUUUCUGAGCCAAACUAAUGGCAAUAACUUAAUUUCAUGAGGUUUUGAAUUUCACUGUAAUUCUGCUAGAAAUAGAUCACAUUUGCUGAAUUAAUAAGAAAUUUUGGAAGCUCAAGAGGAUGAAGUUGCUCAAACAAUUUGUAAUCUAUCAAAGAAAUAAAGGAAAUAUGAACAAUAAAUCUUGAAGUGUGGCAAUUUUUUAGUAUGUAUUGAUCUUGAAGGUAUAUCAGUUAUGUAUGUACCAGUAACACUUUAAAUAAUGGCAUAAAUGGCCAGUUUUCCAGGCCUGACAUUCUUCUGAGUGGGCCAGUCUCCAAAGUGUUAAUGUGUCCUGUUGCAUAAAAUAAAAGCAGGAGUAAUGUGGUAUUUUAAUAAAAUCGAAUAUUUGCUAAGACUCAUAUACACAACUACUUUCAGAAUAUAUAUAAAGUCAACUCGUACUGCAUUACUCAUAAUUUCAUUUUGCAAAUGCACUCGAGCAAAUUGUCCUGUCAGAUUACACCUGUGUAUUGUAUCGGACCAGGGCUUGAACUUGAGACCUCUUCCUUUCACUGGCACGUGCACUACCGAAUGAGCUAUCCGAGUACAACUCACGAAAUGCUCUCUGCUUCACUUCUAUCAUUACCUCAUUUCUCACCUUCAAGACUUCCCAGAUUCAUGGCAGUUUAAUCUGCCAUGAAGGUUCAGAUCAGCACGCUCCGUGCUGUAGAGUGGAAAUUCAUUGUGGAAAUUUUUCUUCCUGCAGCCUCUCAGUACUUUCUCAGACUUUCUUGAUGUAUUUUCUCAUGCUCUUCUGACGAACCGUAGAGAUUAACCCUCUCAGUUCCUGCCUCCUCUCCAUUUACCAAUUUUUCGUGGUGUUUCUUAAAGUUCUCUAUGUAGUCCAGUACACUCCUUCAGUUUUUCCUCCUGUUUGUGACAUCACGUUGCCCACCCCUCUUGUUCACUCUUACAGAAAUUUAUGCCUUGAUGCUGCUACACAUAUUAGAAAUUCGAAAGUACAAUUAAAUACAUGCACAUUGACAUUAUAUUAUUAUUGGGUGGAGUCAGCACAGGGAUUGGUCUUCCGUCUCUUGUUGCCACACUGUUACAUUACAAUUGCUGUGAUCUGAUUCUUUUGAAAGGUGGAUGCGUGUUUUCCUUUGAUUAAUAAAAUAAAUUUGUUCGACUUUUGGCUAUGUAGCAAACAUUACUUCAAUUUUUGACAAGUUAACCCACCACACUGUAUUU